AUGCGGGUGGCAUCACUAAGCCUUCCUCUGCUCCUGCUACUUCUCUCGCCUAACCCUGCUCUAGCCGAUAAGCACAACCUAGUCUGUCCCCUAACCUACUCCCCCGAAUCGCAGCUCCUCACAGCCUCAGUCUCGAUCGGUACCCCUGCCUCUACCUACAAUUUAGUCGUCGACACCGGAUCGCCAUUCUUCGUGAUCCAGUCCGGCAGCUUCCACUCCACCUCAUCCACAUAUGACCCUGACCCCACCUCCGAUGGCGUUGAGAUGGGAGGAGGGUAUAUGACCACCAACCCGGACCCGAGGAAAGAUGCUGGACCCGUCAAACCGAAGAUGAAGUUCAUGCUCGAUACAGGCUUUCUCAACGAAGGUAGUGGGCAGAGAGCUGGGGGUGGCGCUAUGGGAGGGAACCUUACCAUUAGCUUGAGUGACUUGGGAGGACAGUUGAAAGGUGCGAAUGGAAUUUUGGGUUUGAGUCCUUCUAUGGAUCAUAUUUCUCAGCCGCCUAUGUCGCAGAAAGGGCAGCGGCACAGGCAUAAUACCGCAGCUCAAGGACAAGAGGCAGGGCAGGCUGAAGAUCCGUCUUUCCUUCAUUCUUUUCUGUCUUCUGAUCAUAAAGAAAAGUUGGGUAUGAAGGGGGAUAGCCACUUCUACCUUGCCUUUAGCCCUAGCAACCCUCCGACAGGAGAACUUGUGUUUCCUCUCUCGGGCGACUCCCUACCUCGUUCGAUCCCCACGUACUCUUAUGGGGAUGCUAUAGCUAUCGACCCUUCCAGCGGCUCCACCUACCCUGCCCACCCGUUCUGGGGCUUAGCUCACCGCCGCGAUCUCUCCUUCUUGAUGGAUUCUGCCAUCGUUCCCGACAUCCAAAUUGAUGCACUUCUCUUUGAUUCCGGAACAUCUGGCAUCAUCGCCCCUCCCAGCGAAGUGGAAAAAAUCUUCAAGGCUGCUAAAUCUCGCAUAAACACCAUCCCGCCUCCCAAAGGAUCAGGCGUUAUCACGGGGCAAGCCAAAUGCAGCGAAGGGUUGAAAUUUGGUUUUGGUAUCGGGGAUAAACAAGCAUCAUUCCUCAGCAUUCGACCAAAAACUUCCGACCAGCAAAUGGGGGCAAAUAGAAUGAGGUAUAGCGAAGCUGACACUUCUGAAGCAAGCGAGAAUCCCUUACUAAUAUGGAAGAGUUACAUUGAUGCAGGCGUAAACGUCUACCUCUCCGGCCUCCAGAACACUUUGGGUUUGAUUUCCGUUAAUCUGAAGAAACGACACAUGGUGAAGUUGAUGAAGAGAGAAUUCUUCAUGUUGCUGGGUAAAAAAGUUCCUUUUACCCCCCCUCCUCCUCCCCGGGCUAAAUCGCCUCCAGCUUCGGAACCGAAAGCUAAGAGUGACGCGAAGGACCUGUCUUCCCAGGACAACGUGGUGAAGUUGAAGAAGAGAGAAUUCUUCUUGCUCAAGUUACUGGGUCAAAAAGUUCCUGUUUUCCCUCCUCCCCCGGCUAACCCGCCUCCAGCUCCAAAACCGAAAGUUCAGAGUGGCGGAGAGAGGCCAUCUUCCCAGACCAACAAUGGAGGGCAAGUGGAAGAUAUGUGCGAGGUAACGUUGGUCGGUUCUCCCCAAGUGGAACAAAUGUUUCCUGCCAAUGGUAAGGAUUUCAAACCUUGGAUUUUGGGGAUGGAAUUCUUUCAGGAGAAUCUGAUGUAUUUCAACCUAGAUAGCGCACAGACUGUUAUUGUGCCUAGGAAUGAGUAG